AUGCAAACUCACCAGAGUACGCCGCCCUUUGCUGCGGAUGAACCGGCGCCCAAGCGGACGAAGAGGCCACGCGCCGCGCAGGCUUGCGACCGCUGCAGGACGAAGAAGUAUAAGUGCGAUGAGCAGUAUCCGUGCUCGCAUUGUAAAAAGAGUCAGUUGAAUUGUGUGUACCAGGGGAAUUAUCGGGAACGGGAAAGCAACCGAUCUGCCAGCUAUGUCACCGACCUCGAGAAAAAGGUCGAGGAACUGGCUUCGAGGUUGCGUAAUGCCGAAGCUCGAGUCACAGCAUCCCCGCAAUCAACAAAACUACCAGUAACCCAGCCCCCAGCACCGACAGGAAUAGAAACCACUCCAUGCUCGAUGCCCCGAACGGGGUCUACGCCCCAGGAACCAGCCAAAUUACCGGGUGACACGACACAUGAAGAGUCCGCCGAGAGCGCAGACGACGAAAUCAAAGAAUUGAACCACCACACAAACGGCAUCGAGUUCUACGGGAGUACCUCAUCAGCAGCGAUUAUCGGCCAUUUGAAAAAGGCACGAGAACCGAAGAGCCACGAAGAGCCGUAUCCCCGACCAUCCGAUUUCUCGCUAAUCUCCACCCUACACAAUCCAAGUUUCUCGCCGUCUUAUGCCACCGGGCCGACCGCUGCGAUUGAGCAGCAGAACUAUUACUUUGACCAGGCCCAUGUGUUUAUGAACGGGUAUUUCGAGAAUAUCCAUUUCAUCCACCCAUUCAUCGACAAAGAGGACUUUUUAUUACGUGCAAAUGACCUCUGGUUCAACCGGUCACAUACACCGGAGCCUAGCUUCGUCGCUCUAUAUCUGAGCGUACUAUCCUUUGGCGCAUUGGUGCGUGUUUGGGACGAAGAUAAGCUUGCUGGGCUAGGGCGCUUUGAGUGGAGCCGGAAAUUGUUUGGUGAGGCUCAGGCGUAUCUGAAUUAUUUGCGGUUUUCGAAUGACCUUGAAACGGUGCAGUGUCUUUACAUGAUGGCCAAGAUCUGCCAAAACGAGUUGAAUCCAAAUUUGGCUUAUAUGUACUUGGGUCUGGCGGUACGCACAUGUCUCUCUGCUGGGUUCAAUCGAGAAGUGGAGUGCCCCAAAGAUCCUCGUUCGAGCUGGAUCUCGAAGACUUGGUGGGGCAUGUUCUCGCUGGAAAUUGAAAUGAGCUUUUCCGUGGGCAGACCAGAUACUCUUGGAAUGGACGAAUACCACAACAGAGCCAUUCCAGACCGCGAUGACACCGAAUAUGCCAUUAUCCCGUGGAUGAUUGACUUUGCCCAGAUCAUACGACGAGUAUCUGUUCAAAUUUACCAUUCACGCAUCACUCUCCAAGAGAAACUCCAGCUAGCUCUGCAAAUCGAGAUGGAGAUGGAUCGCUGGCUCGCGAGGCUACCGGAGAGGAUUAAGCCAGAUAUCGGCGCUUAUAGGCUGUCGCGUAGCGCACUUCGUGAUCCCAAGUGGGCUCGGAGGCAGCGCCUCGUGCUGGCAAUUCGAUAUUACAAUGUGAAAAUGCUGUUGUUCCGACCAUUCCUGAGCCAUUUCACUCGCAAACUCCGACAUCCACCCAAUGAACUAGAAGAAACGAUUGCCAAGUGUUUGGAUGCGGCCAUGAAGACAAUCGAGGUGAUUCAUGACAUCUACCGAGUGCACACAUUUUUCCGAUGCUGGUGGUACAACACAACCUAUGUAAUGUUCGCCACAUCCACCCUCCUCCUCCCCAUGUCCAAACUUGGAAUGUGCGCCGACACCAUGCCCCUUCUCCGUUCCGUCGAGAUGGGCGUGGAAAUCCUCGAGUCCAUGGAUGAAUCCGUCGUCGCCCGGAAAUCAGUCGAGAUUAUACGGCAGUAUCUUCGUGAUUUCCGAGCUUCCGGUGCGCAGCAGCCUGCGUCCGGUCCAGGUGAUGGCACUGAGGAAGUGCCGGCAUCUACGGAAGCAGGGGUUGGCCAGGGCUUUGAAAUUCCAGAGUGGGCUUAUGGAUUCGGGUUCCCGGAUUAUUCCUUUGAUGGGAUUGCCCGGCUUUUUGAUGAUAUCGGGGGCUUGCCUAUGCUGGAUGGUGAUUAG